AUGCACAAAAGCAAAGUCGUAAAUACAAAACGUGAACACGGUUCAUCAAAUAAUAAAAGUCAGAACAAUCGCAACACAUCUAAGCAACCAUUGAAAACAGACUCGUUUCUUACACUUGGCGCUUUAGUAACCGGUUUUACAAGUUCACCAACAACUAUGGCCGAUGAAAUAAAUCAAGCGGACGCAUUAAUUAUAAAACCUGCAACAAUCGACAUCAAUGGCAAAUCAGAUCUCGAUACAUCAUUAUCGAAAUCUCUUCGCAUAAAAACUCCUUGUGAAAAUAAAAAUGAACAUGAAAUACUUGAUGAACAAAAUAGUAUAUCAUCAUCAUCAAAUAUUGAUCAUGGUGUUGACAGCGGUCUAUCAUCAGAAGUAACAUAUACAGAAGCCGAAAAAAUAAAUGGCGAUGAUGAAUCAAGUUCAACUAGUGUUGUAUCAUCAACAAAUCUUCAACGUGAAACAAGUCCAACAAGUGGUGUUAUUAUUCCCGAGGAAAAACGUGUUACUGAUCGUGUUAAAGUUUUCGAAGCUGUUGCGAAUAAUAAUGACAAUCAAAUAACAAAGAACGGUAGUACAAAAAAGAAAUCGAUAACAUCAGCAAGUUUUUCUACGGCUGAUCAUAAGCAAAUCUCAUCGUCAUCAUCAAUAGAAACUUCCGAUUCACAAUCUAUUACUGAAAUGAAACCAGCAAAAUCAAAAUCAAAAAAAUCAUCAUUAAAAAAGCAAAUACAAAAUUUACUUAAAAUUGAUAAAUCGCCAAUACACGAUGAAUUAAGUCCUCUAGAAGAACAGCUCAAUGGAAAAAAAAAUAAAAAAGACAACAAUUCAAUAUCAACAUCUACAUUUAAGCAUCAAUCAUCACCGAAAAGUGCUAUUGAACCACUUGAAAUACAAAUUCCACCGGCAAAAGUUAACGAAGAAAAUUCUUCAUCAACAAAUGUAUCUAAAUUAAUCAAUACAUUUCAAACAAAUGAAAUGGAACAAAUCAUCGCAGCCGUAACAAAAUCGAACACCUCUCCUCUUCAAUCAGGAAAUGUAAGUUCGCUGAAAAAUUACAUUCGAUUCAUUUGUUCUUUAUUCAUAUUGAUCUGA